UUUAUGGAAGUAAUGCCAUUUUUAAGUAUAUUCAAAAAUGAUCUUUUAUAUUUAUUCAGCAACAACAAAGAAACAUGUCUGACCGCUCUAAACGUGCUAUGAAAAUCGUACUAACGGGAAACAAUUUCAUUGAAAAAAGUUCUCUAGUGCGUCGAUAUGUAGAUAACGAUAACGAAAGAUGGUGCAACUAUAAUAAAAAGGAGUUGGUGUUAAAAGGUUGCAAAGUGGCAUUGGAGCUUUGGGCCACAUUUGGUGCAAGGGAAUUCCGAACUGAGGAACAAUAUAGAGGUGCAGAUGGCUGCAUUAUCGUCUUUUCAGUAACGAAUCGAAAAUCAUUCGAGGAUCUUAAUUUGUGGCGAAAUGAGUUAUUUUCUCUGGGAAAACCACAAAAUCCUGAACAAUUUCCGUUUGUCGUUGUAGGCACUAAAAUUGAAGUGGAAGCUGAUCGAACGGUGACAAAGGAAGAGGCUCAGCAGUGGUGUGAUUCGUUCUCCAUUCCUUACUUUGAAUGCUCGUCGAAAGCUGGGACCAACGUGAAAGAGGCAUUUGAGACAAUCAUAGCAAAAGUCUUCGACUCACAGAAACGUCCCAACUUGUAA